AUGUUGAAGUUGGAUUGGAAGAACCAUCCGAAGGACAGAGCAAGGAGGUUCCAGUACCGUCUAAAGAUGAUGACAAGACUGUCUCGGAUACGUCGAAGAAAGAUGGCGAAGAAGCUUCUGGAGCACUCGGGAGAGCAGAUAAAUGAGCCUUUGAAAUCUCAUGAAGAAGAAAGCGAAAUGCGCGCAGAUGUUGCGGAAUCAUCUUCUGCACCGGCUGAUAAUCUCGUUAACGUGCAAACGACUGAGAGUGCAAAGUCUUCGCGUUUAGAUGACAAGAACGGCGAAGAAAAGCCUCUUGAGGAAGAAAAAGGUGUGAUUAUCUCUCCUAUGAACCUGAGAAAGCCAAGACACAAGAUGUUGUGGGGAUAUCACCGUCAGCUCAUGGUUGUUCAAUAUAGCAACGGGCGAAUAUCUUCACGAGCAGUUCGACCUUCGUCACGAUUCCUGAAUGCUGACUUUCAUUUCACCGCUUCGAAGGAGGAGGGGAGGACGUCAAAAGAUCAGCGCUCAAGAGGUCCCUCGUCGCGGUUGCAGUGUGCAAACUGUGCGCAGGACGUCGCUUGCUACGCUUUCUUCGCGGUGACAACUGAUAAGCCGAGUGAGCUUGUAGUUGCUGAUGGCGGCAGUGCAGGAGAGAACGCUGAGAAAAGUGAUGCGCUUGCAGAACGCAAAGUAGACUCUACCCCAAUCCAAUCUGGAGCGAGUUCACUCCCCAAAACGAAGCCUGUAGCUGUUGGAAGGUCACAUGUUAUGAAAACUCGAAGAGUAUCGGACGAGCAACCAAGAAUAAAGCUCAAAAUAAAACUUGGCAGAACUCCUUGGAUAAAAAUUUUGGGAAGCACCAACGAUGCUAAAGCAGAGGCGCCCACACCCAGUGAAGUUCGCACCUCUGUUCCGGAGAAGACUCCACAUGUGGUCCCCGUGAAGCCAAAGACUCCUGCAAAGAGGUACAUCUCUCCCUGGUCUCACUAUGUGCCGUCCGUGAAGCCAGUCCUCGGAAACGUUUACUACAGUGACGGUACGUAA